AUGACACCGCAAAUUUACUCUUCUCGAAUUCUUUGUCGAAAGCUUAGAGUCCUUCCUGAGGCAUUCGACGAAAAAAAUCACUGGCUGUCGGAAGAGGUUCUACCAUGGUGGCAGAACUUCUGGCGUGAAAAUUCGCAGAGAAAAAGUAGUCGCAACAUGAUGACACGAGAUAGAUUUGUCUCGCGAGCGUAUGGCGUGUGA